AUGGCGAACCUUAGCGACGUCAACAUCAAGACUUGGGGACAUCUCAAAGAUGUGAUAUUGUGUGGACGAGAUGCAUACACUUCUGCCCAUGGGAUGAAACUAUUCGAAUACAUGCAGUCGGAUGAAGAGUUCUGCAAACUGUUUAGUCGGGCAAUGUCGGAAUCUUCCAUUAUGGUUAUGGAAAAAGUUGUAGAAUUCUGCAAACUGUUUAGUCGGGCAAUGUCACUAAGUCUCAUCACUUCCAAAUAUCCUCAUAUAAUGAGUAUCAAUUUCGAUCUACCUCCGGUUCUAGCCCGUGCUCCUCUUUAUCCCGGUUAG